AUGACCCAAUCCAAGCUUUUAGAGAAUUUGGACGGCCCCACCCCAUACUAUUCUCUGUCUCGACCAGAAAAGAUUCUUUCAUCUAGUGAUAAGAAAGUAGAUAAACAGGACAACGUAACCCAAGCUCUAUUUAACUAUCUGGUAGAAGAAACCAAAGCACCAGUUGCUUCAACAUCUGGGACUUCCAAAACUUCUAAGAUGUCUAACCUAUCUGAGCCAGAAAUCAAUGAGCGGUCUCAAAAGGGCUGGCUCGAAACUAGCAAGCUUCCUAAAUCUAUCGAGCCUAUCAGUAAGGUGAUAAAUGCGCCUUCUAAAGAAACUGAUUCUUCCAACCCUAUCAAUAAAGCCCACAAGUGUGUUAAAGAUCUACUUGCCAGACGUACUAAUAAAAGACGCGCAUUUAGCAAAGAGCAGAUAGAGGCUCUCGUAUUAGAUAAGAGAAAAGAAAAACUCACCAUAGAGGAAAGAGCAAAAUAUUGUGCUAAGACUGGUCCAAAAAGUAAUGAUAAUAAAGAAAUUGUCGCCGGUUGUUCACGGCUCUCACUAUUUCGUAAUGAAUUGCUAAAAAUUGGUAUUGCUCAUGAACUAAUUGAUACUUAUGCCAAAGACUCGAAUGGACUUAAAAGGAUUCAGAAUAUCGAUACUACUAAAGAUCCCUCAUUACAGGAUUUUGCAGAUAUAAUGAUGAUGUUGUGUAUGAGGCCGGCUGAAGUAUCUAGCCUCCAGAUCAAUCACUAUGAAGUUGACCCUUCCAGUCCUCCAGCAUGGCACAAAAAUAGUUAUUCUUGGUAUUGUACUAGAUAUGCUAAGAAUAAAGGAGAAAAUAAGGAUAAUCCAGAGCCUCACCCAUUUCUUGCCAUGGAGAAGAAUCCAGAACAUGCAAGAACAUUAUUCAUCUGGAUUCAAGAAGCUAUAAAGGCUAGAAAGUUGGGUGACCCCACCUUUAGUGAAAAUGGAAAGUGGAACACUAGAGCAUUUAGCAAAUUCCUGAAGCCUUAUAAAAUUACGCCUAAAAUAUUAAGAAAAAUAGGAGGUAAGCAUGCCUGCAGAGCCCAUGGUGGACCAAACCCAACUCAUCAGCAUCUUGAUCUUCUUAACAGAAUAGCAUUGAGACAUAAGAUUGUCCGUCUAGAUGCAGGAAAGAAUUACACUAUAGGUGAUACAGAAUCAGAGAAGUCUGACUCCGAACCAGAGACAAGCGACAGUUCAAAACCUCAAAUACAGGCUUCUUCGUCAUCUCAAACAAUAAAAAUAGAUUCAAUGUUAGCUGAAAUUGAUGCAAUGUUAGCUGAAAUUCAGAAAUAA